AUGGGAGGCGGGAACAUAGCGAAGACGAAGACAGCCCCGCAACUCGAAGAUGAAGUCACGAAGCUGGCGCGAACUCUAGACUUGGAGCAAGUGUCGGACGUGGAUAUUGAUAAGGGCCUCGAGCUCAUCGAAGACGUCCACAGAUAUUUGGAGCAGACGAAUUUCAACAAGUGCAGACGUUGCAUCGCCGUGCUCGGUACGACUGGAGUUGGCAAAAGCACGCUGGUAUCACUGCUGUUUGGAGAAGGCAAACUGCUUGUCCACCACGAGAAUGCGUAUUCCCGCGUACUUGUAGCUGAGAAGUCAUUUCCUGGGGUCGAUAUCCGCAGCGGCUCUGCUUCCAAGACGCUGCUGCCGGGCGUGAUUCGUACCCGUAUAAAUGAUGAAGAUGUUGUGAUAUUCGAUAUGCCUGGUAGCCACGACACGCGUGGGCCGUUUGCUGAGCUCGUGGUGCAUUCGAUUCUGAAGUGGAUGCUGGCGAAGCACGAGCAAAUGAACUUUCUACUGGUGGCUACUACUCCUCAAGACGGAUUGGACUGGGGGCGUAAUUAUUAUGUGUUGCUAAUCUACUGA